UACGUGGAGACCUUGGUGGUGGCCGACGAGUCGAUGGUGAAGUUCCACGGGGAUGACCUGCAGCACUACCUGCUCACCCUGAUGGCCACGGCCGCCCGCCUCUACAAGCACCCCAGCAUCCGUAACCCCAUCCAGAUCUCCGUGGUCAAGUUCCUCCUGAUCGGGCAGGAUGACAAGGGGCCCAAAGUCACCAGCAACGCCGCCCUCACCCUGCGCAACUUCUGCGCCUGGCAGAAGAAGUGGAACAAGGUCAGCGACAAGCACCCCGAGUACUGGGACACCGCCAUCCUCUUCACCAAGCAGGACCUGUGUGGUGCCACCACCUGUGACACGCUGGGCAUGGCAGACGUGGGCACCAUGUGUGACCCCAAGCGCAGCUGCUCCGUCAUCGAGGACGACGGGCUGCCCUCGGCCUUCACCACCGCCCACGAGCUGGGGCACGUGUUCAACAUGCCCCACGACAACGUGAAGGCCUGUGAGGAGGUCUUUGGCCGGCUGAAGACCAACCACAUGAUGUCCCCUACCCUCAUCCAGAUCGACCGUGCCAACCCCUGGUCAGCCUGCAGCGCUGCCAUCAUCACUGACUUCCUGGACAGUGGCCAUGGGGACUGUCUGCUGGACCAGCCUGCCAAACCCAUCCCUCUGCCCGAGGACCUGCCGGGCACCAGCUACAGCCUCAACCAGCAGUGCGAGCUGGCCUUCGGGGUGGGCUCCAAGCCCUGCCCCUACAUGCAGUACUGUGCCAAGCUGUGGUGCACGGGCAAGGCCCGCGGGCAGAUCGUGUGCCAGACACGGCACUUCCCCUGGGCCGACGGCACCGCCUGCGGCGACGGGCGCUUCUGCCUCAAGGGAGCCUGCGUGGAGAGGCACAACGUCAGCAAGUACAGGCGCGAGUGCAGCGACCCCGUGCCGGCCAACGGGGGCUCCUACUGCGAGGGCAUCCGCGUCAAGUACCGCUCCUGCAACCUGGAGCCCUGCACUGCUGCAGUGCCAGGGAAGAGCUUCCGUGAGGAGCAGUGCGAGGCUUUCAAUGGCUACAGCCACAGCACGAACCGCCUGACUGCCUCCGUCUCCUGGGUUCCCAAAUACUCCGGUGUCUCGCCCCGGGAUAAGUGCAAGCUCAUCUGCCGGGCCAACGGCACCGGCUACUUCUAUGUGCUGGCACCCAAGGUUGUGGAUGGCACCCCUUGCUCCCCGGACUCCACCUCGGUCUGUGUCCAGGGCAAAUGCAUCAAGGCAGGCUGUGAUGGGAAAUUGGGCUCCAAGAAGAAGUUUGACAAAUGCAGCGUCUGUGGAGGAGACAACAAGAGCUGCAAGAAGGUCUCAGGCUUGUUCACCAAACCCAUGCACGGCUACAACUUCGUGGUGGUGAUCCCCGCGGGCGCCUCCAACAUCGACAUCCGCCAGCGGGGCUACAAAGGCCUCGUCAGCGACGACAACUACCUGGCGCUGAAGAACGCGCAGGGCAAGUACCUGCUCAACGGCCACUUCAUCGUCUCGGCCGUCGAGAGGGACCUCAUGGUCAAGGGCAGCGUCCUGCGCUACAGUGGCACCGGCACUGCCGUCGAGAGCCUCCAGGCCUUCAAACCCAUCCAGGAACCCCUGACCCUGGAGGUGCUCUCUGUGGGAAAGAUGACCCCUCCCCGCGUGCGCUACUCCUUCUACCUCCCCAAGGAGAGCAAGGAGGAUAAAUCCUCCUACAAGAAGGAGGGCAAGACCCCGCCGGACCUCAACAACAGCGUGCUCAGCCUGUCCAACCGCCUGGACGGCGGGAGGCCGAGCUACAAGCGGCCCUCGUACAAGUGGGCGGUGGGUGGCUGGGAGGCGUGCUCUGUCACAUGUGGCGAUGGCUUGCAGAAGCGCUCCGUGGCCUGCCGCGACUCCUACGGCCAGCCGGCCGCCGAGUGCGACGCCGCGCAGCGCCCCGCCGACGUCCGGCUCUGCGGCGAGCCCUGCCCGGCCUGGGAAGCUGGACCUUGGUCUUCCUGCUCCAAGAGCUGUGGUCGGGGUUUCAAGAGACGGGCGUUGAAGUGCGUGGUGCCCAGCGGGCGCCUGCUGCCCCGGGAGAGUUGCAAUUUUCGGAGGAAGCCGCAGGAGCUGGAUUUCUGCACCUUGAGGCCGUGCUGAGCAGGUCAAGGGGUGCCUGCGAGGAAGGGCAUGUGCCAGAGGUUGGGAGUGGGGGAGAUGUCCAUAGCACAUAGCAAAAGGGGGAAAAAUAAGAAAAAAACAGGAACAAAAAGGGACCUGGGUGUGGGGACAGCCCCGUGCACCUGGGAGAGAGGGCUUUUACCAGCCAGGUCGCUUGGAGACAGAGCGGGAAUGAACAUCUACCUCGAAGCCACUGGACGACACGGAAACCACCGGUGGAGGCUGGGAACUGGGGGGACAGAUGGAAGCGAGGAGGAUCAUCCCUGCCUGUGAUGGAUCUGCAGUACAGGCAGGGAGAUGCCCCUAAAUUGCACAGAUGAAGCCUCCCCCCUCCUUCCCAGGACCAACCCUACCUCCCUUCUCCCUGGACUCCCCCAACACUCAUGCUAAAUGGGACCAAAAGGAUUUACCAAUGCAACGACCACCGGUGCGAUGAGGCACUGGGACUGAUGCCUCCAGGGCUUGCUGCUGGGGAAUUUGUUGUCCCAGCAGCAUCCCUGGGCCAGGCUGGAAGGUGGUGGCUUUAUUUUCAUUCUCUCCUCGUGUUUAUGACCUGACCAGUGUAAAUUUUAUGGUGCUUAACUCUGUAUUUUUUUAACCUCCUUCCUCCCCUCCUGAUGGAUGUAAACCUUGCAUAGCAGGGCUGGUGUUAUUCCCAGGGGAUCUCACCAGCCUGAGGUUUCCUAUGGUGCUUUGGGAUGGGGCUGUGUGAACAUCCAGAUGCUCCUUUACACCCUGGUCCACCUGAAGCUUUUCAGGUCUUAAAGGCGUCACAGUGGACCUGAGGUUUGAGCUGUCAUUCCAAAAAAGCAGCAAGCAGCUGUGCUGUAAUUCCACAGGGUCAGACACAGCCCCCCCAGCCACUGAGACCUUGCUUUGCUCUGGAAAUGGUGCUCAAUGGGACCAGUAUGUCAUGCCCAGACAUCCCAUAGCCUCCAGCCUUUAACCAGGCUGGGAUAUUUUUCCUCUGUGUAAAGCCUGCCUGAGAUAUCCUGAACUCUGUCAGAGCUGGGGUCACUUCCCUGGCAUCCCUUUGGAGCUGAUGGAGGAGAUCAAUUUGGGUCUUUGGCUUUCCUGAGGAAAAAGGGGCUCAGUGGGGUUCAGGCAUGCAGGGAAUGAGGGACUGUCACACCUCUUGCUGCUGCAAAGCAUCUACAACCAUUUUCCCCUUCCAGUGAUUCUGGGCCUGUUCUGUGCCUCUGGGGUUAUUCUGCACCUCUGACAGUUUUGUAGCAUCGUGCCUGUUGUAUCAGAGGCUGUUUUACCUAUCCCGAACCCCAUUUAUCAUUGAGGUCUCUUGCUCAGAUCAAAUCAUCAAGGCACCAUUGAAUUUUUUGCUUUGUCACUGAUGCAGGUGCCUCUUAAUCAACGAGCUGUGACUGUGAGCAAGCCAAAGCUUCUGGGUCAAGCUGUGCAGUUACUGGGAUCAGCAGAAAGGUAUUUUAGGGGUGAGACACAGAUUUUGGGUAGGCAGAAGAUGCCAUCUCAGCAAAUAAGGCUUGGAGCCUGCCAUGCUUGUUGGAGGUCCAACAAGGAAGCUCUGUUGCCCCUUGGGUGGCUCCAGAAGCUGUGGUCAGGGUGAGAAUGACAAGAAAUGGGACAGGUGGCACGAGAGUUCCCUUCUUGGGCCUUUGCAGCUGCUCACAAACUCCUUGUGACAAUAUUUGUGGGCUCAGCCUCCCUGGGGAUCCUCCUAGAGGAUCCAUCUGAUGCCUCUUUCAACACAAUCAUGUUUUAGGUCUCCACAGAGCCAGGAGCAGAUGUUGUGGUUGCUCUGCACAGCAGGGAACGGGAGUUAAUGUUCUUAGGAAAUCCCUUCCAGGUCUCCAUUCCCAUGAACAUACCACCCAUUUUCUGGGGGUUUUCCUGCAUAUCUGAGCCCGCUGCGCUUCCCUCUGGGGACAGAGCUCCGAGGAGCUGCCCUUUGGUGUCCUGCCAUGCCACAGCUGCUUUCUAAGCCACCGAGAAAUUGUCAGCCUGGUUGCUGAGGAGGGGAGGGAUUGCUCGUGUGAGGUUCUUCUGCUGAGGGUGCAGCAGGAGGACGGAGAUGCCGACGGUUCUGGCUGCUUUGUGUAUACCAUGUAUACUGAACAUCGAUCUCUGCUGUUUGUGCGUCAGUAGCAAACCUGAAAUAAAUCUGUAUUUAAAGUUAU